AUUCCGCUGAACGGUAUAUCUACUCAGUAAACGCGACUGGUGGAGUCUCAUGUUUCACCUGCGGAAUCACUCGUACUGAUGACGCCGCGUGUCUGUACAACGAGGCAACCCUCAGUGCUAAUGGCGCUCGCCUCGCUAUCAACUGCGCCGGCCCUGAAAUCCCGCAGACGUUCAUCUACAAUUCUGACGGUGAACGCGUCCGCGUAUGGGAGGAAAACGCCGAGGUGGCAGCUCUGCUCGCAAACCGCGAGGUUCCUCUGACCAUCCGACCGUCUCUGCCUAUCGUGGACGGCUUCCCAAGCGCCGACGUCCAAAUACAGGUGCCGCACGACUACUUGAACAGGACUAACCUACCUCUGCUGGUAUACGUCUACGCCGGCCCCGACACAGCUCUGGUGACUAAAGCCUGGAACGUGGACUGGGGAUCCUCCUUAGUAAGCCGCUACGGCAUCGCGGUCGCCCAGAUCGACGGCCGAGGCUCUGGGCUCAGAGGCGUCGAGGACAUGUUCGCUGUUAACAGGAGGCUGGGAACGGUUGAAAUUGAGGACCAGAUCACUGUCACCAGAUACCUUCAGCAGAACUUCAACUGGGUAGACGGCAACCGCACGUGCAUCUGGGGCUGGUCGUACGGCGGGUACGCCGCGUCGCUUGCGCUGGCGCGGGGCGGCGACGUGUUCCGAUGCGCCGCCGCCGUCGCGCCCGUCGUGGACUGGCGCUUCUACGAUACUAUCUACACAGAGCGGUACAUGGACCAACCUCAGAACAAUCCUACUGGGUACGCUGAGUCAUCGCUUCUUACAGAAGAUGUGGUGGAGGCGUUCCGCGACAAGCGCUACUUCCUGAUCCACGGCACGGCGGACGACAACGUGCACUUCCAGCACGCCAUGCUCAUCUCCCGCCUGCUGCAGAGGAGGGACGUCUACUUCCAGCAGAUGAGCUACACGGACGAAGACCACGGCCUGGUG